AAACUCCCGCCCCCUUUUCGCCUCUGUCCAAGAAGAAAAGCGCAGUUAACGCGAGGAGGUGGGGACGAGGGGCUGCUUUUGCAAGUUACGUACCCGGACCGCGAAGCUGCUGACUGGCUAGUGAUCCCCAUUUUUAGCUAUGGAUGAAUUGGUUCUCUCCCCUGAAAAGGACCCCACUGACCUUUCUUCUGAUAUACCCGUGGAACCAUUGGUAGCCCCUGAUUCAGUACCAACUGAGCACUCCCCUGCUGAGAUCAACACCCCAUGCCGAUUUUUCCUAGAAGGACGUUGCCGCUUUGGUGCCCGCUGCCGGAAUCAUCACCCUGGUGACACUGGUAGUGCCUGUCAUUUAGAAGACCCCAGACCCACCCACAAUCCUUUUCCACAGCUGCCACUGGGCAAGAAGCCUGCAAUGAAAACGGCAGAGGAUGUUAUCUCUCGUCUGCUCUGGGACACUCAGGUGCCAGCUGAACAUUUCUCUAUUGGUUACCUUGACCGGUUCUUAGGGAUACUGGAAGAGCCUUUUACUGCUUUCUCAUGGGAGGAUCUAGCUUCAGCUGGACCUGGUAUGCUGGCUAUUCCCAAACAUAGGAUCCAGUAUUUCAAAUACAAGACUCUCCUGGUAUGGGACAAAGUGAGCCGCACAGAUGACGUCUUUGGGUCCACAGGAAGUGGGAGAACCAUCUUGGAAGUCAUAAAGGAAGAAGAGGAGGCAGCUGUGGCCAUCAAGGAAAAGCGGGCUCAUGGCCGUUCUUCAAAUGGAGACAGAGAAAAAGAAAUGGGAGUUGUAGGACCAGGAAUGAUCCCGUGCAGUGGAGAAGAGACGAACACUGGUCUAGCUAGAGACAGAGAAAACCAGACGAACAGGAGAGUUGGUGCACAGGACAUAGUCAAGGCGCUUGGGAAAUCAAUGGAUAAUUUGGAAUUAGUUGGAGGGACACGUACCAUCCUAGAUGAAAAGGUGAUGGCCAAGGAGACCGAAAGAGAGGUAGGCGACUCAGUUAGGGAUGGACAUUCCAUCAAGGAAGGAGAAGUUCCCAAGCACAUCUUCAGCAUCACAGAGGAAAAUGACCCAAGCAUGGAAGAUGAGGAAAACCUGACUUUGCAAAGCAGGGAGUGGGUACACUUUCCCCAUUCUAAACAGCGCCCCACUCAUUUCAUAGCUAUCCAGGUCACCAGUCCAGAGAUACAGGAAGCUGUGAAACGUUUCCAAGGGGCGCUCUCUGAGAUUCGGCCAGACUUAGCUAAGUUCUGUGUGCCUUUGGCUACUUUACAUCUCACACUCUGUGUGCUGUGUUUAGACACCCCAGAAAAGAUUUACAAAGCUUUUGCAGCUCUCCAGGAGCUGCGAGCCAACAGCCAGCGGUUGUUGCCUCCAGCCUUGCUUCUCUCCUUCCAUAGGGUUGAGACUUUUCAUUCACAUGUGCUUUACAUGGCACCAGCAAAUACGCUAGAGCUUGGGUUACUGGCCCGAACUUUGGAGAAUGCCUUUAAUAAGAAGGACGUGACAGUGAUUCAUCCUCCAGACAAAGAGAAGUUCCACUUGACCAUGGUGAAGAUCCCAUCAGGAAAGGCAGAGCUACAGCUGCCAACAGACUCCUCUUGGAUUCCAACUAUUAAUGAUUUAGGAACACAGGCAGUAGAGGCGCUGUGCUUGUGCGAGGUGGGGAAAGGUAGGAGGACUGAUGGGUUUUACACCACUGUACUGAAAGUAGAUUUAUUCUAAGAGAACUGUUAUCACCCAGCAGGUACACAUCGUUGCUGUCAAUAUCCACUCUAUGGGAGAAGGCAACUAACAAACUUGCUCUGAACACUAGUCAUGACCAAAGUCCUUUGAAAUGAAAGGGAUUCAACUGUACACUUAUUUCAUUGGAUGUUUUUCAUGACUAAGUGAGGAUUGUAGGCCACUGUGUCUGUUAACAUGCAAGCAAGAAAAUGGGACACAGUAUACCUGACUAGGGAUACAUGCUGUGGCUCCAAGCUUGAGGUCCAAUACAUCACUCUCCCACCCCACAUGUAGUGUAGCAUCUCUUGCUACUUAGCAUAGCUAAGCACACAUUACACUCUCUUGCAUGUUGGUUUAGAAACAUCACCAUUAAUUUCAUGUACACUGCAUAUAUACACUGUAUAUUUCAAAUAUGCAUUAACAGAUUAAUUCUCUAAUCUGCGUAUCACACACUUGAAGUAACAAGAUGAACAAUGAAAACUGGCCCUUUACUGUCUACUAAUGGAUACUGGGGUAAAGUGUCUAAGAGAAUUGCAAGUGCCGUCCGGCACUUUUUCGGGUGGUCCGAGGUCUUUUGGGAUCUGGCCUGACAGCAGACUUUGAACCAUCAGUUGCUCGCUGUGAAAUGUUUGUGAGGCGCUUUGCAGAUAAAAUUGCUCACAUUCGGAUUUA